AUGUACCUGAACGACGACUGUGGGCAAGACUGCAGGACGCAGAGUGAGAGUCCAACAAACGAGAAUAAAAAGUUUGUAGAUCUGGGAAAUCCUGGCAUGAAUAGCUCUCCACAUAGUGUUGGUGUGGCUGUUCUCACAACAUUAGCUGAAAGAUUGGGAGCAUUGGAUGACUGGAGAUCAGACCAACAUGUGUCAGGUUAGGUCAUUGUAUCAGAGCUUCAAGAUAUUCAGUUGGUUUUACUAUGGCCCAAAUUGCUCAUGAACAUCAAUGGCAUGAGCGUGGCAAAAGCUGGUGCGAGACACCCAGAACAUAUUCUCUUGAUUCAUGGCGAGCUUGACAAACCGCUUGGAAAGUUCAGCAUUUAACACAGUGGAAGUUCAAGUUGAAAGGGUCACAAUGGUGUGAGAUCAUGUGUGGAUUGCCUUCAUACUGAUAUAAUGCCAUGACCAUCAGGUAAAACAUUUGUUGAUCAUCAAGUUUUGGGACAUUUUUCACAAGAGAAACCAAAAGUUCUGGACUAUGUCAUGAAGCAGAGUGUGGAUGUUCUGCUGACAUAUCUCACAGACACGCAUCCCCAGACUUACCCAGCAGAGGGAAGGAGAGUGUCAUGA